AUGGCCGCUUCGUCUCCCUUCACCGGGUAUCACCAGGUGGACUCCUUUUGUCUUGACGAAGAAUAUCUAUCAGAAGAUGAUGUUUUCUAUGUCACGCUCGACCUGGGUGCCGUUGAACCAACCUUGCUUUCCAGUAGCUCAACCUUCAGGCUUGUAGGCUUAGAUACGCCCACGCCAUUUCUGCAGCUUUCUGGCUCCUUCUUCACAGGCCAGCAUGAUAUACAGUUACGAGGGAAGUCGCAUGGACGAUUAGGAGAGGAUGGAAGCGCUCCUGCUGGCAACGAUUCUAAAAAUGUUGCGCCAGUGGAAGAUGCUGGUCACGGACUUGGGCGCGUGAUUGGCAGUAUUACUGGGCCUCAACCAAGAAAACGCAAGCAACAGCUUAAAAAUGGGAAGGAGAAGGAUGACGCUACGUCUCCCGACGCUCGAGCUGGUGACCGAUACGUGCAAUCACAAACCGGUAGACCCAUUUUCUGGGGUGGUCUUCGUUUGGGUUCAAUCACCCUCAGACUUAUAUCGCCAACUGCAGACCAUGUUUCUGGACCAGGCAAGAUUUGCAACCAAUCAUCAAAGCACUUUCCCGCAGACGGUAACCUCCUUCGCAUUCAACAAUAUCCAUAUUCACUUCGCUCGGCGGUGUGGCCAUCUGCAAGUCUACUGUCGGCUCGUGUCAAGUUGCAAGAGCCAACGCCGCCAUAA